GCGGCCGCCGCCCGCUUUGCGCCGCUCCUCCCCGUGCGAGUGGCGCUCACCCCGGCGUCGAGGCGGCCAUGGCGACCCGGAGCCCGCUCCCCACCCACCCCGCCUGCUCCGCCCUCCCCUCCGCCCCGCGCCACCUUUGAUGGCUCGGACCUCGGCCGGCCACCGCCAGCCUCGCUCGCGCGCCCGCGCCGCCGCCGCCCGCGGGUAUUAAUAGCCAGCGCCGCAGCCGCAGGCGCAGCCGGAGGCGCCGCGCCCUCGGCAGCCGGGGGCUCGGGAGCUGCGGAUCCCGGAGCUCGGGAGUGGGAGCCGCCGGCGCCGUGGAGAUAUAAGCGACUUUCAUCAUGGGAGAAAUAGAGCAGAGGCCGACCCCAGGAUCCCGACUGGGGGCCCCAGAGAAUUCGGGGAUCAGUACCUUGGAACGUGGACAGAAGCCGCCCCCAACCCCUUCAGGGAAACUCAUGUCCAUCAAAAUCCAGAUGCUGGAUGACACCCAGGAGGCAUUUGAAGUUCCACAAAGAGCUCCUGGCAAGGUGCUGCUGGAUGCAGUCUGCAGCCACCUCAAUCUUGUGGAAGGCGACUAUUUUGGCCUUGAGUUUCCCGACCACAAGAAGAUCACGGUGUGGCUGGAUCUCUUAAAACCUAUUGUGAAACAGAUUCGAAGGCCAAAACAUGUUGUUGUUAAGUUUGUGGUGAAAUUCUUUCCACCUGACCACACACAACUCCAAGAAGAACUCACAAGGUACCUGUUUGCUCUGCAGGUGAAGCAAGACUUGGCUCAAGGCAGGUUGACAUGCAAUGACACCAGCGCAGCUCUCUUGAUUUCACACAUUGUACAAUCGGAGAUUGGAGAUUUUGAUGAAGCAUCGGACAGAGAGCACUUAGCAAAAAAUAAGUACAUACCUCAGCAAGAUGCACUAGAAGACAAAAUCGUGGAAUUUCAUCAUAACCACAUUGGACAAACACCAGCAGAAUCAGAUUUCCAACUUCUGGAGAUUGCACGUCGGCUGGAGAUGUAUGGAAUCCGGUUGCACCCGGCCAAGGACAGGGAAGGCACUAAGAUCAAUCUGGCCGUUGCCAACACAGGAAUUCUAGUGUUUCAGGGUUUCACUAGGAUCAAUGCUUUCAACUGGGCUAAGGUGCGGAAGCUGAGCUUCAAGAGGAAGCGCUUUCUCAUCAAGCUGCGGCCUGAUGCCAAUAGCUCUUACCAGGAUACCUUGGAAUUCCUAAUGGCCAGUCGGGAUUUUUGCAAGUCCUUCUGGAAAAUCUGCGUUGAACAUCAUGCCUUUUUUAGACUUUUCGAAGAGCCCAAACCAAAGCCAAAGCCUGUUCUCUUUAGUCGAGGGUCAUCAUUUCGGUUCAGUGGUCGGACUCAGAAGCAGGUUCUCGACUAUGUUAAGGAAGGAGGACAUAAGAAAGUACAGUUUGAAAGAAAACACAGCAAGAUUCAUUCUAUCAGGAGCCUUGCGACGCAGCCUACAGAACUGAAUUCAGAAGUGCCAAAACAGUCUCAGCAGAGCGCCAGCCUUACGUUUGGAGAAGGUGCCGAAUCCCCAGGUGGCCAGAGCGGCCCCCAAGAAAAGGAACUGAAUGUUUCCGAGCCGGGGCCACACCACAGCCCUGCUCCGAAGAAGAGCCCCCCUGCGGGGAACACACAGGCAGACGGGGCCGCCAAGGGGCCAGCGGCGGAGGAAGAGGAGGAGGUCGCCACAGACAGGACGCAGCAGAGCAAAGCGCAGCCCCGGCAGCCAAGCACAGGCUCCCUGACUGGUAGCCCUCACCUUUCAGAGCUGUCCGUCAACUCGCAGGGAGGAGCCGCCCCUGCCAACGUGACCUUGUCUCCCAACCUGAGCCCCGACACCAAGCAGGCCUCUCCCUUGAUCAGCCCGCUGCUCAACGACCAGGCCUGCCCGAGGACGGACGACGAGGAGGACGGCCGGAGGAAGAGAUUCCCAACUGACAAAGCGUACUUCAUUGCUAAAGAAGUAUCCACCACUGAGCGAACGUAUCUGAAAGACCUUGAAGUCAUCACUUUGUGGUUUCAGAGCGCAGUGAGCAAAGAGGACGCCAUGCCGGAAACAUUGAAAAGUCUCAUAUUCCCAAAUUUUGAACCUUUGCACAAAUUUCAUACCAAUUUUCUCAAGGAAAUUGAGCAACGACUUGCCCUGUGGGAAGGCCGCUCGAACGCCCACGUCAGAGGAGAUUACCAAAGAAUCGGCGACGUCAUGCUGAAGAACAUUCAGGGCAUGAAGCACCUGGCGGCUCACCUGUGGCAGCACAGCGAGGCGCUGGAGGCGCUGGAGAACGGCAUGAAGGGCUCCCGGCGGCUGGAGAGCCUGUGCAGGGACUUCGAGCUGCAGAAGGUGUGCUACCUGCCACUCAACACCUUCCUGCUCCGCCCGCUGCACCGGCUCAUGCACUACAAGCAGGUCCUGGAGCGGCUGUGCAAGCACCACCCGCCCAGCCACGCCGACUUCAGGGACUGCCGAGCGGCGCUGGCAGAGAUCACUGAAAUGGUGGCACAGCUCCACGGUACGAUGAUCAAGAUGGAGAAUUUCCAGAAGCUGCACGAACUCAAGAAGGAUUUGAUUGGCAUCGACAAUCUGGUGAUUCCAGGGAGGGAGUUCAUCCGCCUGGGCAGCCUCGGCAAGCUCUCCGGGAAGGGGCUCCAGCAGCGCAUGUUCUUCCUGUUCAACGACGUCUUGCUGUACACAAGCAGGGGGCUGACAGCCUCGAAUCAGUUUAAAGUCCACGGGCAGCUCCCGCUCUAUGGCAUGACGAUCGAGGAGAGUGAAGACGAGUGGGGGGUGCCCCACUGCCUCACCCUGCGGGGCCAGCGGCAGUCCAUCAUCGUGGCCGCCAGUUCUCGGUCUGAGAUGGAGAAGUGGGUUGAGGACAUCCAGAUGGCCAUUGAUCUGGCGGAGAAGAGCAGCGGCCCCACCCCCGAGUUCCUGGCCAGCAGCCCCCCAGACAACAAGUCCCCUGAUGAAGCCACAGCAGCCGACCAGGAGUCAGAGGACGACCUGAGUGCCUCGCGCACCUCACUGGAGCGCCAGACCCCUCACCGCGGCAACACCAUGGUGCACGUGUGCUGGCACCGCAACACCAGCGUCUCCAUGGUGGACUUCAGCGUCGCCGUGGAGAAUCAGUUGUCCGGGAACCUACUGAGGAAAUUCAAAAACAGCAACGGGUGGCAGAAGCUGUGGGUGGUGUUCACAAACUUCUGCCUGUUCUUCUACAAGUCACACCAGGACAAUCAUCCCCUCGCCAGCCUGCCUCUGCUCGGGUAUUCACUCACCAUCCCUUCGGAGUCCGAGAACAUCCACAAAGACUACGUGUUCAAGCUGCACUUCAAGUCCCACGUGUACUACUUCAGGGCGGAAAGUGAAUACACGUUUGAAAGGUGGAUGGAAGUGAUCCGAAGUGCCACCAGCUCAGCCUCACAGGCCCACGUUUUGAGCCACAAAGAAUCCCACGUGUAUUGAUGGCCAGACGCGUUUGGUCGGUUCUGCAGUGGCCGCUUUCCUGGAAGACAUUUACUUUCUUCUGUAUUAAUGAAGCCUAGUGAAAUUAACACCUGUCUGAAAAACAACCUGGUUUUACUGCAGCUC